AUGGCUUUUUUCGUUCGUCCUUCCAAGUACCGCCAUGUCUAUGGUACAUGUGCCAAGAGAGACUAUUGUUAUGACAAUCUCCGUGUAAGCGCAAAUGCUUGGGAUACAAAUAUUGUCAAAGUCAACUCUCGUUUCUUGUCUAUUAACUGGCAAGCUUCUGGUGGUGGUGCUUUUGCUGUUAUUCCUCUCUCUCAAGUUGGCAAGCUACCUGAAAACUACCCCCUUUACCGAGGACAUACUGGGCCAGUCCUUGACACAGAUUUUAAUCCUUUCAACGAUUAUGUGAUCGCCUCUGGUGCAGAAGACAGCAAGGUUAUGAUCUGGAGCAUCCCUGAAGAGUAUGCUGAGGGACAAGAAGAGGUACAGCCUAUUUUGAAGCUAUCUGGUCACGGACGCAAAGUAGGCCAAGUGCUUUUCCAUCCAACAGCAGACAAUGUAUUGGCAUCUGCAAGUACUGAUUUGACAAUCAAGUUAUGGGAUAUUGAAAAAGGGGUAGAAAAGCAGGAGAUCACUGGACACACAGAACUUAUCCAGUCCAUGUCUUGGAACUACAACGGAUCCCUAUUGGCCACAACUUGCAGAGAUAAAAAGCUUCGUGUAUUUGACGUGCGCGCCAACAAGGUCGUACAAGAGGGUCCUGGUCACCAAGGCAUCAAGGGUUCUCGUGUUGUCUGGAUGGGUAACAUGGAUCGCUUGGCCACUACCGGUUUCUCACGUAUGAGUGACCGUCAGUUGAACCUGUGGGACUCAACAAACCUUAGCAAGCCUAUUAAAUCUGAAUUUUUGGAUACCUCCUCUGGUGUGAUUAUGCCGUUCUAUGAUCCAGAUACCAAGAUGCUCUAUCUUGCCGGAAAGGGUGAUGGAAACAUUCGUUACUUUGAAUAUGAUAACGAUGAACUAUACCUUUUGUCUGAAUACAAAGCAAUUGAACCUCAACGUGGCAUGGGAUUCAUGCCCAAGAGAGGAUUAAACGUGAACGAGUGUGAAGUAGCUAGAGCCUAUAAAGUAGGACACUCUAUUGUAGAACCUAUUUCUUUCACUGUUCCCAGAAAGUCUGACGCUUUCCAAUCAGACAUCUUCCCUCCUUGCUUAAGCGACGAACCUGCGCUUACUGCUGACGAGUGGUUUGAGGGCAAGGAUGCUGAUCCCAAGCUUGUUGACCUUGAAGCAGGCUUCACUGCCAAGGCCAAGAAGGAAUUUGUCCCUACGGCUGCUCCAGUGGAAGAAGUCAAAAAUGAGCCUUCUUCACCUGUCAAAGAAAAGAAUUAUCAAGAAGCAUACCACGAAAUGCGUAAAGAAAAUGAUGAUUUAAAGAACCAAUUGUCUCAAAGGGAUGUAAAAAUCCGUGUGCUCGAAAUUGAACUUGAAAAGCUUCGUACCGAAUUAGCCGAAGUGAGCUUAGCCAAGAAAACUGAAGAAGGAGAGUUACCACACUCAGGUAACGCUUUAGUUGAGUAA